AUGGAAGACUGCGGCAUUGACACCGAGUUGAAAGAAAUACUUGGAGAUGAAAAGUUUGAGUUCGACUCAGAACUGGCUCAGCUGUCCGUAGAUAUUGCCGAUAUCAUCAACUCCUUGCUGCGGCUUUCCAUGUCGAUAAGGAAUCCGGCGCCGCAUGACCACUUCGUGUCGACCGAGUACGCAGAAGCAAGUUACUUUAGCGAUUUCGAUGUUCGACGCGCGGGGGCCAAGUACAAGGAUGCAAACCAAGACUUGGUUAGACGAUUAGGUGAAGCAAUAUCCAGGAGGCGGCGGUACUUGAAGUAUCGCGAGUCGCAUCAUGCCAAGUUGUCUCAAGGCCUUGACCUCGACCAAGGCUGCGCCGAGGCGGGAGAAAAGAGCACAGUUGCGUCAUCGGUGCCUCUGGCUAUUAAGGACGUUGGGAAAUCGGCGCCAUUGUUCGGUGAACUAGACGAGGACGACCACUCGGAGACCAAUCUCCCAGACAUCAUACGCCACGACCGCACCAGACUCCGAGAAACUCCGAGUCCCGCCUCUUCCAGAACAAUAAAGAGCACAGCAGGCGUCACGAAUGGAUGGAUCACGUGCUCCAAACGCAUUGGAAGACCUGGAGAUGCCCAGGCUCAUGCGAAGGAUGUUGGUCCUCUGAAGCGUCCCUUAGGCAACACCUUGCAACAGCUACACUCGGCUAUCGCAAGCUCCGGAGGUCUGAGUGCUAUUAUUGCAAGAAAUGAGCGAAUGAAACCGCUAGACGCAAAGACCGAUUGCCCGUUGUGCGGGGAGACGCUGGAUUCAACCAAACAGUAUCAGCGACAUGUGGGGAAGCACCUAGUCGACCUGGCUCUCUUUACUUUUCCCAAAACCGGCGACAGGGAAGAUCCAGACGACGAUGUUGAGAUGUGUGAUGACAAGGUGGAUGAUGGUAGCGAGGUGGACGAGGAUAACGAGAUGACAGUGGAUAACGAGCUGGACCAAGCCGACGAGCUGGACGUUGAAGCCGAGAUGUAUACAACUGAACUUGAAGGGGGUCACGAAAUGCUCCAAACUGCUGGCAGCAACUCAAUCCCGUCCAAUCAGCAAACCCCAAAGGCAUUGGCCAAAGUGAACAAGGUUUGGCAAUGCGUGCGUAUCAUCGUCCACCUCAGCACUCAAGAUCAGAUAAUAAUACGCAAUAAUGCUCCUGCUAUGGUGGCUGGUUCUCGGUUUAUCUGGACUAUUUCUGUCUGA